UACGGGUUCAUCCACUGCGCCUUGGAAGACCUCGUGACAAAAAAGUUUGGAGCGGACACAUGGAAGAUGCUUCUGGAGAAGUCUGGAAUCACGAUGCACGGUGCCUCUUUCCUGAUGCACAAAGUGUACACGGACGACAUGACGCUCAAACUGGUGGCCGCAGCCUGCGAGGUGCUCGGCCUGGAUCUAGACACAUGUCUAGAAGCGUUCGGGGAACACUUCCUGUACUUCUGUCAGCAGCACGGCUACGAUCACAUCCUGCGUGUCCUAGGUUCCAACAUGGCCGACUUUCUGACGAACCUGGACAAUCUGCACGACCACCUGGCCUCCACCUAUCCAGGAAUGCGAGCUCCCUCGUUCCGUGUAACACCAGGUCCCAGCGGUCAAAUACUGCUACACUACUACAGUGACAGGAAAGGCCUCCACCCCAUCGUGCUUGGAAUCGUUAAAGUGGUUGGAAGAGAGUUCUUCAAUACAGAGGUCCGCGCCAACAUCUCCGUCGUGUCAGAGUUCGGAGACAGAGCUCACGUGACUAUGGAGGUGACCGAGCAGAAGAAGGAAGGCAAGAGCUGCCUGCUUCCAAGCAACGCAUCCGAGACGCUGAGCAACUGGCCAGAGGACCUGCCCAUAGGCGUGCGGACAAUGUGCACGGCAUUCCCGUUCCACGUGUUGUUCGGCCGUGACUUCGGCAUCAUGCAGGCCGGCAACGGAUUGCUACGGCUAGCCGGUCACCGUUGGAAGGAGAGUCGCGCUCAGGGAGGACGCCGCCUCAAGUUCGACGACGUCUUCGAGAUCACGCGGCCCGUCAUUGAUUGCACCUUCGAGUCCAUACGCAGCUAUUGCAACCAGGUUUUCGUUGUGCAGACUAAAGAAGGCGUGCUCAAGCCUCGAGGGUCUGAUAACUCGGAGCACGACGGCGGAGACGGCUCGAGCCCUCCGGUUCUACGACUCAAGGGUCAGAUGGUGUCGGUGGAAGAGACGCACAGCAUCCUGUUCUUGUGUUCACCGCGCGUGAAGGACAUCGACGACAUGCAGCGAAUAGGGUUGUUCUUCAGCGAUCUUGCCAUUCACGACCCUGCCAGGGAGCUGUUCCUGCGCUCUCAUCACCAUCGCGGAGAGCGGGAGCUGAUCGAGAAGCUUGACGAGGCCACCAACAGACUGCGCAUGUUACAGUCCAAACUGGAUGAGGACAAGAAACGAACCGAGGAGCUACUUCAUUCUAUACUGCCAUCUAAAGUAGCCAAGCUCCUCUGCCAGAACCUGCCCGUGGAGGCCGAGAAGUUCGAGACGGUCUCGUGUCUCUUCUCAGACAUCGUGGGUUUCACAAACAUGUGCGGUAGCUGCGCGCCCAUGGAUAUCGUGCGGCUGCUCAACAAGCUGUACUUGCAGUUCGACAACCUCUCCAAUGUGCACGGAGUCUACAAAGUGGAGACCAUUGGGGACGCGUACGUGGUUGUGGCCGGGGUGCCGGACUUCGUGGAGGACCACGCUGACCGGCUUGUCGCGAUGGGGCUCGACAUGAUUACUGCCACGAAGAGCGUGCUCAACCCCGUCAGUGGAGAGCCAAUUCAAAUGCGAAUCGGCGUGCACACGGGUUACGCAACGGCUGGCGUGGUCGGAAAGACGAUGCCUCGCUACUGCCUGUUCGGCAACACCGUUACUCUGGCCAACAAGACCGAAAGCCUGUCCAAGCCUUCUAGGGUCAAUGUCACACAGGUGGCGCGGAGCCACCUGACCAAAAAAGAUUACGUGUUCGAGGACAACCUCGACGUGGGCGACUUUCCUCUUCGAUGCUACCUAGUGGACAUGGCGUCCCGGCCGAACGCAGAAGCCCAACCAACUGCAGCAGGAGAACAGCCGGCUGAUGACAGCAUGCUCCUGUCUCCAUCCUCUUCACCCGUUCGCCGUUCUUCCGCCGUGACAUCGCCAUCUUUUGACGUCGACGAGAUUGGGCUUUUCAUUAGGAGCCGGCUAAACUGCAGUGGCGUCGACGUCGAUGCCGUAGGUGCUCAGCAGAGGAAUAAAAAUGAAGAAUAUUUGCUACCGACACAGCAUAAAGUCGAAGCCGCUUCGAGUACAGUUCACCCAGACGGGAAAGGCGACGUUAACGCCACACCUGCGGAAGCCUUGCCAACUCCGAAGGUGCCACGGGUCGCGUCGACAACGGGACACACCGACGACUCCGCACCACGCAACAGCGCUGUUAGCAGCACGGAACGCAGGGGCUCGUCUUCACACGGAAUCGAAGUGGAGGCGAGCAAGCCGACUUCCGGCAGCAAGACUUCGUUUUUCGGCGGUUUCACGUGGAGCCUAUCGCAGGGAAACAAGCAGAAAAAAUCCGACAACCAUUCCCCUCGGUCAGCGUCACCACAGGCAAAUCGAGAGGGCCGCGUCAAUUGCUCCGGCAAAGCGGACGCCAUGGAAGGUGUCGCUUCGGACGCAGCGCGACAGCACUGCCCUUUCUUCCGAUUCCGCUCAAAGAGUACAGGCCGUCACGAGGAACUGGCAGACAGUGGCAGGUGUUCUGAGACGGCUGACGCCGCGCUGGCAUCGACGGCUGGUACGGAAGGAAGGGUGAGCGGAAGCCAGCAGGAUAGGACACCAAGUAGCCCCUCGACGUCGCACCGGGGAAGUGCCGAUGUCCGCAGGAAAGAGAAGUUCUGGUCGCGGGUCAUCUUUCCUUCCUGAGGACGAAAGCCGAUUCGCAGCCGGGUAGCGUUCUUCGUCUUCCCUCGAAUCAGAAGAGAGCCGCGACGCGGGAACUUUGUAGACGUGAAAGAAACUUUUUCCCGUGCGCGUGCGCAACGUGUUAAGCGGUAUGGCGACCACCCGUACCUCGUGUGUUCUCCCAGCCUCAAAGCCUUGGUGACAUUCAUUCUGGGGUGCCAGUGUUCAUUGUGAUCGGGUGCUUCGCAGAAGGCCCGUCGCUUGUCCCUUGCUGGCAGCCACGAACAGCGAAAGCUCGCCGUGGAAGCGCUGGACGCCUGCUACCAACCAUACGCAGAUCCCGGCCCAUGAAUUCACGUGGUGGACCGAAAACGUUACGGUGCUUCACCGUGCCAGCGAGUGCAGCGUUGGGCUUGUCACUAAAAGUUCCGGUUUACCUGUGAAGUGCCAGCUGGUGUUGUGCCUCUCCCUGUUGCCAUGGACCAUUUAAAGCUUUUUACGAAUAAAUGACUCUAUCAAUCGUCUGGCUAUGACCUCUCUAACCAAGCAGCAGCGCCGCAGAAGGAUGCUGAAGCCGACCGUCUCGCUGCCGAAUUUUCAUCAGGUCGACGAAUGUUUAAUUAAGACGGCUGCCCUAAAAUCAAUGCCUUAAAUUUGUGUACUGGUAGCCAUAAAGAUAUGCUU